CCAUGAUUUCUUGGAGUCGCUACGCUUACUCGAUGGUUACUACGCCGAUGACACUGACCCAGACAUCCCGGAUGAUGUUAUGGACUCACUGGAAGAGUAUGGACUUGCCUAUGACUGCCAGGGCUUUCCGGGUGUCUACGACUACGCGCUUUCAGCCGUACGGGCCACACUCGCCGCCGUAGACGCGUUACUUCACCAUAAAUGCCAGCGCGUCCUCUACCUGGAUUUUGAUCUGCACCAUGGCGAUGGAGUUGAGGAGGCCUUUGCCUAUAGUUCGCGGGCUGUCACUUUUUCCGUGCAUCACGCCUCGCCUGGCUUCUUCCCUGGCACCGGUGACCUCGCGCCGGACUCCUCGGGUUUCUUCACCGGCGCACGGGCUGAGGGUACAGGUGAUGAGACCUGGUUCUCGACUGUCAAACCGAUUCUCAGCGCAUUGCGCGCCUCCGUGCAGCCCGCCUUCGUUGUUGUCCAGUGCGGUGCUGAUGGUCUCACCUCUGAUCCGCAUCGCGUCUUCAAUCUGAGCGUGGGUCAAAACUGCGCCCAUGCCUGCGCACUGCGUCAGAUACUCUCA